UCGCAGAGCCUGGUAUGGCAGCGACAGCCAAUAGGAAGCGAGGGCGGGAGGAGCCAACGGCAGCUGCACAGCAGCUACAUUACUUUUGAUCAAGCACUCAGCAGCAGUCGCUUUUCUCUCGGUCUCAAGAAAUCUACACAGAAAUAAGAUCCAGCAUGUCGGACAGAAAGGCGGUGAUCAAGAACGCAGACAUGUCUGAGGAGAUGCAGCAGGACUCUGUGGAGUGUGCAACACAGGCCCUCGAGAAGUACAACAUCGAGAAGGACAUCGCCGCCUACAUCAAGAAGGAGUUCGACAAAAAGUACAACCCCACCUGGCAUUGCAUCGUGGGAAGGAACUUCGGCAGCUACGUGACUCACGAGACCAAACACUUCAUCUACUUCUACCUGGGUCAGGUGGCCAUCCUGCUCUUCAAAUCGGGCUGAGCGACGGCACCCAUUCGUUUCAACAGCCCAUUAUGAACUGACUACCGACGAGACGAACCAUUCCUGCUCUGGGACCUGCCUUCUUUCUCUCGGCUGCUUCUACUUUCGUUCUGAUUAUUGUUAAGAAAAAGCCAGUGUGAGAGGGAAAUGCCAUCAAGAAACACUUGUAUUUAUCUUUAUUUUCUAUACACGGUGUGAGCGUUUUAUGUCAGCUGCUGUUUUUUUUUAAUUAAAGCAAAAUGGUUUGGC